AUGUUCGCAGAGGGCCAAUUGCCAUGGGUGGCAUUGAUGGUGGUAAUAUACGCUGCAGUGACGAUUGUAGCGUAUAUUUUGGUGCCCUACCUCUUUUAUGGGAACCGCUCUACGAAGAAAAGGAUUAUCAUAUAUGUUCUGGGUGAUAUUGGUCACUCUCCAAGAAUGUGCUACCAUGCAUUGAGUUUUAGUGAACGUGGGUGGCAAGUUGAACUGUGUGGUUAUGUUGAGGAUACGAUUCCGAAGGUUAUUGAAGAAGACUCGAAUAUCACAGUUCAUGCUAUCCCAGUUUAUAAGGCAGAGAAGGGCUCGAAACUGGUCUCUAUGGUGAAAAAAGUACUUUCACAAAUUCUAUCUAUUUCGAAACAGUUAUGGGAGCUUCGAGGGAGCGAUUACCUUCUGAUGCAGAACCCUCCGACGAUUCCAAUCCUGCCAAUGGCCGUACUUUACAGAAUCACCGGCUGUAAACUGAUCAUUGACUGGCAUAAUUUGGGAUACUCGAUCUUGCAAAUGAAAUUUAGUGGAUCCUUUUACCAUCCUUUUGUCGUGGUACACUUUUUGGUUGAAUACUUCUUUGCUAAGUUUGCAACUUAUAAUUUGACAGUUACAAAAGCCAUGAAGGACUAUUUAGUCAAGAAAUUUGGUCUCAAUGCAAAGAGUGUUGCAGUAUUGUAUGACCGUCCUGCAGCUCAAUUCCGACCAUUAUCCAAAGACGUAGACCGAGCACAUUUAUUGAAGUCUGAGAGUUACAUCAAGGGUUCUAUUCCGGAGGAUUUUGAUCUCAAACAGGGGGAUAAAGUUAUAGUCACAUCUACAUCUUUCACCCCAGAUGAAGACAUAGGGGUCCUGUUGGGUGCUCUCAAGAUUUAUGAGAAUUCAUACGCAAAAUUCGACGACAAGCUGCCCAGGAUAGUGUGUUUCAUUACGGGCAAAGGACCUUUAAAACAGCAAUUUGUCGAACAGGUUCAUGAUUUCAAGUGGAAGCGUUGUAAGAUCAAUUUCUUAUGGUUGACCUCGGAAGACUACCCCAAAUUACUUCGACUGUGUGAUUAUGGGAUCUCUUUGCAUACGUCAAGCUCUGGUCUUGAUCUUCCGAUGAAAAUCUUGGAUAUGCUAGGCUCAGGAUUGCCUGUUAUCGCUUCCAAUUAUCCGGUUCUCGACGAAUUAUUACAGCAUAACGUUAAUGGACUGAAAUUCUUGGAUAGAAGGGAGCUACACGGGAGUUUAAUGUUUGCCAUGCAAGAUCCUAACGUCUAUAGUACUCUAAAGGAUGGUGCCUUGCUAGAAGCUGAAAAUAGAUGGAACUCUAGCUGGGAGUCCGCCAUGAGAGAGCUGAAAAUUAUCAUUUGA